UUCGACGCCGUGCUGGUGUGCAGCGGGCACCACGCUGAUGCACAUCUCCCACUGAACACCUUCCCAGGAAUCGAGAAGUUCAACGGCCGCUACCUCCACAGCCGAGACUACAAGGACCCUCAGGAUUUCAGGGACAAGAGGGUCGUUGUUAUCGGGAUUGGGAAUUCAGGGUCAGACCUGGCUGUGGAGAUCAGCCAAAUGGCCAAGCAGGUCUUCCUCAGCACCCGCCGGGGUGCAUGGAUCCUCAACCGCGUUGGAGAUCAGGGCUACCCCAUCGACACCAUCUUAACCACCCGCAUGAAGGUAUUCCUGCAGGAGCUGCUCAGCCCGUCCCUGGCGUGUGACUACAUGGAGAAGAAGCUGAACGCCAGGUUUGACCACACGCAUUACGGCCUGAAGCCAAAGCACAGGGUCCUUCACCAGCAUCCAACCAUCAACGAUGACCUGCCCAACCGCAUCAUUUCAGGCAGGGUGCGGGUGAAGCCGAACAUCCAGGAGUUCACAGAGACAUCUGCCAUCUUCGAGGAUGGCACCAGGGAAGACAUUGAUGUUGUAGUUUUUGCCACAGGAUACAGCUUCUCCUUCCCAUUCCUUGAGGGCUUUGUGAAGGUGGUGGAGAACCAGAUCCCCCUCUACAAAUUCAUGUUCCCCCCUGACCUGGAGAAGCCAACGCUGGCUUUCAUCGGCUUCAUCCAGCCCCUGGGUGCCAUCAUGCCCAUCUCCGAGCUCCAAUGUCGCUGGGCCACUCGCGUCUUCAAGGGUCUGAACGAGCUGCCCCCGCGGCACGACAUGGAGGCUGACAUCGAACAGAAGAAGGAAGCGAUGGCAAAGCGGUACGUGAAGAGCCAGCGGCACACCAUCCAGGUGGAUUACAUCCCCUACAUGGACGAGCUCGCCUGCCAGCUGGGAGUCAAGCCCAACCUGCUCACCCUCUUCCUCACAGACCCC